CGACGACGGCCUCCACGAACUUGAGCUUGGAGCCUUGGAAGUAGAGUGGGUGUGCUCAAGAGAUUGAGGAACUGGCCGCGAUGGCUGGUCGUUGGUGCUUGAUGGAGAGUGACCCUGGCGUCUUCACGGACCUUAUCGAGGGCGUUGGCGUCAAGGGUGUGCAAGUCGAGGAACUUUGGGCUUUGGACGUGGACGCGCUCAAGCAGCUGGCACCCGUCUACGGUUUAGUGUUUCUCUUCAAGUUUACGCCUGAGGCGCACAAGUCGGAGACGCAACCCAUCGACUACAAGAUCCCCGGCCUAUUUUUUGCGCACCAAGUCAUCAACAAUGCCUGCGCCACUCAGGCCAUCCUGUCCAUUCUCCUCAACGCUCCGGACAUUGAGCUCGGUGAACAUUUGACUGGCUUCAAAUCAUUUGCCAAUGAGUUGGAUCCGGAGACGGCCGGCCUGGCCAUCAGCAACAGCGAAGAACUACGCACUGUCCACAACAGCUUCUCGCGUCAAGAGACUUUCACAAUGGAAGAGAAGGUGGCGGACAAGGAUGACGACGUGUAUCAUUUUAUCGCUUAUGUACCCCAUGGCGGUCGCCUGUACGAGCUGGAUGGACUACAACGCGGUCCAAUCGAUCACGGACCGGUGGGCGAAGAAUGGGUGGAGACGGUUGUGCCGGUACUGCAGAAGCGGAUUGAGCGGUACACGUCCACGGAGAUUCGCUUCAACCUCAUGGCUGUGUGCCGCGAUCGACGAGAAGCCCUCGAGGAGGAGAAGGAGAAUGCCGAGUCCAUGGCAUUGUCCUUGCCGGAGGCGUCGCCCGAGGCAGCCGAAUGGCAGGCCAAGGCCGCGGAAUUUGAGGCUCAGCUUCAGCAAGAGCACGCCAAGCGUCAGAACUGGAAGGACGAGAACCGCCGCCGCAAGCACAAUUACAUCCCCUUUAUUUUGGAGCUCAUGCGCAGCCUGGCCCGGGAAAAGCGUUUGCAGCCGCUGGUAGCCGAAGCCAAGCGCAAGGCCGUCGAGCGCCUCGACCAACAGAAGCGCACCGGCACCGAGCCCAAGACCCCCAAGCAAUAGCAUGCCCAGCCCCUUGAGCUAGCGUGAUUUGUCUGACAAACCCGAAUUUCGCUUUGUAAAUUUU